GCGCGACUUCCGCUUCCGGCCGCCGCCGCCGCCGCCGCCGCUGGUGCUGCUGCUGGUGUGGCCGCGGGCUGGCGGCUGGCGCUCCGCUCGCCCCCCCGGCCUCGCCGCCUGGUCUGGCCGCUCCCCGCGGGCGCCCCGACCCCCCUCCCGGCGAUGGUGCCGCCCGAGGGCGCGUCCGUCCCCCGCCGCCGCUGACCCCGGCCCCCCCGCCCCAUGGCCGCCUCGGCGCCGCCCCCACCGGACAAGCUGGAGGGAGGUGGCGGCCCCGCACCGCCCCCUGCGCCGCCCGGCACCGGGAGGAAGCAGGGCAAGGCCGGUCUGCAGAUGAAGAGCCCGGAGAAGAAGCGAAGGAAGUCAAACACUCAGGGCCCUGCAUACUCACAUCUGACGGAGUUUGCGCCACCCCCGACUCCCAUGGUGGAUCACCUGGUUGCAUCCAACCCUUUCGAGGAUGACUUCGGAGCCCCUAAGGUGGGGGGCGCGGCCCCUCCGUUCCUUGGCAGUCCUGUCCCCUUUGGAGGCUUCCGUGUACAGGGGGGCAUGGCAGGCCAGGUACCUCCAGGCUACAGCACUGGGGGUGGAGGGGGCCCCCAGCCCCUUCGUCGACAGCCCCCCCCUUUUCCUCCCAACCCUAUGGGCCCUGCUUUCAACAUGCCCCCCCAGGGCCCCGGCUACCCACCCCCAGGCAACAUGAACUUUCCUAGCCAACCCUUCAACCAGCCUCUGGGUCAGAACUUCAGCCCUCCUGGUGGGCAGAUGAUGCCAGGCCCGGUGGGGGGAUUUGGCCCCAUGAUCUCACCCACCAUGGGACAACCUCCCAGAGGGGAGCUGGGCCCCCCUUCUCUCCCCCAACGCUUUGCCCAGCCGGGAGUACCUUUUGGCCCUUCUCCUCUCCAGAGACCUGGUCAGGGGCUCCCCAGCCUGCCCCCCAACACAAGUCCCUUCCCUGGCCCGGACCCUGGCUUUCCUGGCCCUGGUGGUGAGGAUGGGGGAAAGCCCCUGAACCCACCCGCUCCCACUGCUUUUCCCCAGGAGCCUCACUCAGGCUCCCCAGCCGCUGCUGUUAAUGGGAAUCAGCCCAGUUUCCCCCCAAACAGCAGUGGGCGGGGUGGGGGAACUCCAGAUGCCAACAGCCUGGCACCCCCCAGCAAGGCGGGUGGGGGCUCAGGGCCUCAGCCUCCCCCAGGCCUGGUGUACCCGUGUGGCGCCUGUCGCAGUGAGGUGAACGAUGACCAGGACGCCAUCCUGUGUGAGGCCUCCUGCCAGAAGUGGUUCCACCGUGAGUGUACGGGCAUGACCGAGAGCGCGUACGGGCUGCUGACCACCGAGGCCUCCGCCGUCUGGGCUUGCGAUCUCUGCCUCAAGACCAAGGAGAUCCAGUCUGUGUACAUCCGUGAGGGCGUGGGGCAGCUGGUGGCUGCUAACGAUGGGUGAUGCCGACCAGGGGGAUGGUUUCCACUGGCUUCCCGUCCCCAUGGGGCAGAAACACAGUGGUUCCUGGGGGCAGAGAAGGAACUGAGGUGGGCAGGCAGAAGAGCCUGGAUUGCUCACUUUUCUGGAAACUUACACGUACACGAUGAGAUCAACAGAUCCAGGGAACCAAAGCCCUGCCGAGCAUUGUGGUGGCUCCAGUCCCCGAAGGCCGAGGGGUGUGGCUGCAGGAGAAGAGAGGCUGGAGGAAGAUCUGGAGGGCGGGGGUCUCCUCGGGCAGACGAUGGAUGCCCCAGCACCUGUGCCUGACACUCCUAGCUCGUCCCACGGCUGCAGCCUUAGUGUGUGGAGUGGCCAGAGGAGUUGGGGUCCCAUCCCGGCAGUAGCCUUUUCAUGGGCUUUAGGAGACAGCUUUAGGGAAUAAAUGGGGAAUUUUCCUUUUUCUCACCCUCCCCUUGCCUCCUCCUAAGACCUACCCAAGUGCUACCCCUUCAGAGAACCAAAUAGCUUGAAGAAGCAGGAGAGCUUUUGGCUGGGGCAGUUUCUUGGUGAUUUGGGGCUUCAAGACUGUGGGUAAGAGAUGAUGUCCGGACAUGUGUCCCUCAUACCAAAGCCGCUGGCCCUUUCUCAACCUCUCUUGGGCUUGUCUCCUAAUGACCAUAUUUUUGCCAAAAAUUGGGAUAUGCGGUCUGACAGACCGGGAUAUUUGAAGUUCAGACUGUCCUGGAACGUGGACUCUGCUCGCAUGGCCCUCCCUGCCUCGCCCGUUUGUUGCACGGUCCUGUCCGCGGUGGUCUAGAGCUUUUGGCCCCUGUAUUCCUCUGCCUCCUUGGCUCGAUUGAAGGAAAGCCUGGAAAGGCACAGAACCCUUAUACCUCAUCUCCUGAUCGAAGGAUCCCUGUCCCAGCCCGUGGGGGAGGGAGGUAGCGGGACGGCCAUUGCUGUGGUCCUGAGAUGCAGUCCAGGGUCUGGGUGUGUUUUGCUUCUCUUUCCCUGCCCUUCUGUGUAUCUUGGGCCGGGUGAUUAGCAGUUUUUCCUCUCAGCCAGAGGCCUGCACUGGGCUUUAUGUGUUCAUAUUUUAUUUUUCAGGCACUGCCUGCCAGAGAUGGGCCCAGGGCCUGGUAGGAGCCCCGCACUGCAGCUCAAGCACACAUUCCUCAGUGGGGUGGGGAAGGCAGGCAUAGGCGUGGCCCAGAGGAGCUGGUGGUCCCCUGGCCGCUUCUCUGGGGACCCUAGCCUGUGAAGACUUAGCAAAUGUACUGCAGAGCGCAUUUGCCUGCCCAGGUGGGGCAGCGGCUUGAGGCUGUGGGAAAGAAGGGAGGGGGUUCAGGGCUUCUCUCUUCCAGUGUCCAGCCCACUCCCCCCCCCAGCUUUGUGCUGUGUUUGUGGUUCUGUUGCCCCUCUUUUAUCUGUUGAUAUUUUUGUGAUGUCUUCCUCCCCUGCCCCCAUCUCUGCCUUUUUUAAGUGGCUCCUGGGGGAGGGGUCUGCUCAAUCCUUCUCUCUCUCUCCCCACAACUUUUUGGAAGAAAAUGGGGGUGGCAGAGAUGUGGUGGGGGUCUUUUGUACGGUUGGCUUAAUAAAAGGACUUGAA